AUGUCUGCAUCGCAAAUACUCCAAGCUCGCAACGAGACAACCACCAGGCUCUAUGCAGACCCUCACAACCCCCACCUCCACCUUGAACGAGGCAUUCAGUAUGAAAAGUUGGGCUUCCCUGAUCUUGCCUCUGCGGAUGCAUACCGUGCGCUUGCACUUUUAGAGUCAGUGGUUGACCCAGAUGAGUGCGAGUUCCAUGCCAGGCGGAAGGUAGACCCUUCCGAGCAGGCUCCCCAGAAAGCGGCGAAUGAAUCGGACGAUGAAGACGAAGACGACAACACUGUUCCCAUCACCCAAGAGGAAUAUGACGCCAUCAUUGACCAGGUGUAUGUCCUUCUAGUACGCAGUCUCGUCCGCUGCGGCUGCUACCGCGAUGCAUUCGAGUUCGGCCUGCGCGGGUUGGCACUGCUCGAAAAGAGAUCCGCAAUGGCGUCAGUAGCUAUUUUGAACGCACAGAUGGAUCGUGUGAAGCAAAUAUACAAAUCUCGCACCAACUCCGAAACCGAAAACAUCGACCUGGACUCAAUCGACCCCAGUGUUCUCCCUGCACAGGGCUUCGCCCGUCGUGUCCUCUAUCCCUGGAACGAGCACGAGCCUGACCGCCGCUCACCAGAGACCCUAAACAUGCUCAACGAGCGACUGGCAGUUAUUGCACCGAAAUGUGAGGUCCGCGCAGUGGCCUUACCACUCCUGCAUGCCUCAGCAGACGACGCCUCGUCCGGCAUGGACGUCUCCGUGCAGCUUGGCCUCUUCGCGAAAGAAGAUAUCGCCCCAGACGAGAUCAUCCUCCGCGAGUCUUCACUUCUCACAGCAACCAACCGUCUCCACGACGAUCUCUGCGACGCAUGCAACGCACCACUCCCAGAACUCCAGGCAUGCCACGACAAAGCGCAGGAGGUGUACCACGGCGCGAUCUGCGGUCUCGAGGACGGCCUCGAUUCCAUCGGCAAGGAUGUCCCCGACCCCAAGGAUAAGGCCGAUUACCUGUACCUUCUUCUGCUUGGCAGAGCGCUCGCCAUGUCAGCCACACAGGACAAGCACCCGCUCGAGCUGCCUGAAGUGAAAUACAUCUGGGGCGAUUUCCACGAUUUCGAUAUCGAGGCUGUCUCCGCGGAAGUAGAGACAACGUCCACUACAGACGAUACCGCCACUCUCCCUUUCUCCUUCCAGCUCAAUGUCCUGCAGCCGGAGCGUUUCCUCGAUGAAAUGGGACUAGAUCCUUACACCGUGCUCUACCGCUAUGAUACCUGGGUUCUGAACACGCUCUUUGCUAAGUUCCGCGGUACGGCAUCGGGCCGGCUGUCGACUUGGGAUGGAGGCCCGGAGUUGUGCGCUGUUCAUCCGAUGUGGUGUCUUGCGAACCAUUCGUGUGAUCCUAAUGUGACCUGGGAAUGGAGUAGCGAGAUUAAUUUCCGCGCGCGGAGAGAUGAUGAGACGGCUGUUUGGUCGCGGGGGCAGGAAAUGAAGGAACUCAGGCCUGGGGGUAUUGCGAAGGAUUCGGAGAUCCUGAAUCACUAUUGUGAUAUUGGAUUGCCGGUUCAGAAGAGGAGGGAGUGGGCUUCUGGGGCUUUGGGUGGGACUUGUUUGUGUGAUAGAUGUGUUUGGGAGGCUGGGGAGGUUGAGUAG